CAAUCCCUGACCAGCCUCAUGUUCCUGUCAGCUCUUAAUGUGGAACAGAAGAGCAGGAAGACUCACAGAAGGAACAGCGUGCACACACACGCACACACACACACACGGAGCGCAGCCUCAGAGUUGUAGUAAUUUAAAAUAAGACCAGGACAGGCAUUUAUGAUUGUGAUAGAGCUUAGAUAGAAAUAAGGGAUUUAUGUUGCAUGAGUGAAAGAUUAAUCCAUUCUCUGGUCCAUGCAGAGACACAAACUUCUCCAAAACCUCUCCAAAUGCGCGCGCUUGGACACCUCCGGGGUUCCUCUCCACGUUAAAGCGGUCUGUUCGGCUCGUCUCCUUGGGGAAGGUGGUGAUGAUGAUGAUGAUGAACGCCUCGGCAGCGUCGUGCGCCUCCCACGAGCUCUCCAACGGCUCCUUCCCCUGCAUGAACCUUUCAGUGCCUGAAGACGACGCCACCUCCUUUACGCACGUCUUCCCCGCCGUCUACGGGAUCCUGUGCUCGGUCGGUGUGCUCGCCAACGCGCUGGUCAUCUACGCCGUGGCCACGUGCAAGAAGAAGAUGGUGUCGGACGUGUACGUGCUGAACCUGGCCGUGGCGGACCUGCUCUUCCUGCUCAUCAUGCCCUUCAACAUCCACCAGCUGGUGUGGGAGCGGCAGUGGGUCUUCGGCGCGUUCAUGUGCAAAGCCGUGGUGGUGGUAGACGUGAGCAACCAGUUCACGACUGUGGGCAUCGUCACCGUGCUGUGUAUAGACAGGUACAUUGCCAUCGUCCAUCCCAUGUCUGAGAACCGCACCAUCCAUGGAACAAUCAUCAUCAACCUGCUAGUGUGGCUCGGCAGUUUCCUUCUCACCAUCCCUGUCAUGAUCUACGCCAAAGUAAUCUCCAAGAAUCACUCAAGUGUGUGCAUAAUAGACCUUGAUGGACCUCAGGACAUGUACUGGUAUACCCUGUACCAGUCGACACUGGGUUUCCUUGUGCCCCUCAUCAUUAUCAGCACCUUCUACUCGCUGACUCUGUGCCAUGUAUUUCAGUCGAUGCACCGAAGCAAGCGCAAACAGACUCUGUGGGCCAAGAGAGCCACCAGGAUGGUUCUGAUGGUUAUUGCACUCUUCCUGCUGUGCUGGACACCAUAUCAUGUGAUUCAGGUGAUCAACCUGGGUAUUAAAGAGCCAACAUUGGUCUUUGUCUACGCCUACAAUAUCAGUAUAUGUCUGAGCUAUUCGCAUAGCUGCAUCAACCCACUCAUGCUCCUGAUCUUUGCACAGAACUACCGUGAGCGUUUGUGCCGUAAUCAUGACACACGGAGCAAUGUGUCCAAGACUGGGGGAUGCUCCAACAUGAGUCCCAAUAUCACCCAACAUGUAACCAUGAUCUAGCACAUGCUAUGCAGAUAUAAAGCCGCCUUUGGUUCGCCCAUUUCGUGGAGAACCCUUAAUGGCAGAAACCUAAAACAUGGAACUUUUGAUGAAAAACUUUUUUUUGCUGAACAAAAAACCAAAGAGUGUGUUGAGGGAUUGGUCAGAUUAUGACAAACUCUUACGUUUAUCGGUGCAUUCCAAGCAACAUGUUCAGCAUUGUCUUUGACGCAGCACGACACCUAUACGUGAACCUACCGAAAACGACCUGAGCAAUCAAAUGGCUGAAUGGCAAAAUCAAACUUCACAUAUUAAUAUAUCUUACUGUGUUUCUGAUACUGUACGACAUCAGUGGUCAUGAGCUACUAGUAAGUCAUGGCGAAUAAUUGGCUGUAAUGAAAAUCCAAUUGUGUGUUAAUGUAUUUUUAUGGAUUAUGCAAGUUUGAGCAAAAGGGAGGUAAGAAGCUGAGAAAAGAGAUUAUAAUUAUAAUGUCUUUCUUUCAACAUAUUCAUACAUGUUUCGAGGAGGCUGAAGCAUGCAAAGACAAUAGGGAUUAUCUACAAUUCCAUACUUUGUAAAUGAUUAACAUACAGUAUGUUUUUUUUUUUUUAAAAGCUAUGCAUGUGUCAUGCAAUGGUUUGGCACUCAUUGGGUUUGGCCUCCCUGGGGUAGCGUAGCCUUCAAGCACCUACAACCCUACACAGGACAGCGGUACAGAUAAUACAGUAAAUGGAUGCAUGGAUGUUUAAUGAUGUCCAUGCUUUUUUUUUAUUAUUUGCAUUUCACAUUUUAAUAUAUCCCUACUUUAAUAUGUUAACCUGUUUGAAUUUGGUGAACACUUUCAUUACCCAUGAUGCCAUUCCACUACCUGCUGAUAUUGGUGCAAUGGGAUUUAGCCCUCAUUUCAUGCCUAGCUAUAGAGAGCGAUUUUAAGAUAAGUCUGCUCAGCUCUUUUACUUCAUUUACACGUUCUGCUCAAGCAGAUCAUCUUUCAGAGCUUCAUCUUUCAUGCUAAAUCUGCCAUCACCUCCUUGCUAAUCAUCUUGUAGUAUGGGGAAAAAAAAGUUUUUCCCAUUAUUAGUGUGCAACUGAGGUGGAAAGUAACAAAGUACAACUGCUUUAUCACUGUGUUUUUAAAUAUCAUUCUGAAAGUGCAUGUUGGUUUGUCCACCAAAGUGAUUGACGGUUGCCUGGGCAACAGAUCCUGCCUACUUGGUCAUUGGGUUUCAGAUUCUUCUGGCUCCUUUUUCAAAGCUCUUGCUAAGGUAAGAUUAGAAGUGAUCUGGCUAACAAGCUAACAUACUUGAGCAGAUGAGUUGUGAACUCUUACACAAUGGGUUUGUGUUUCACACCAAAAGCAAUGUUGUGGGUCAUAACAAGGUCGUAAUUAGAAUGUUUUGGUUUGUCCUCCAACCAUAUUCUAUACUGUAUGCACACAGAACGCCAGGUUUACUUACACAGACAAUUGGCAUUAUACAGUGUAGAAACGUCAGCACGUUUGUUUUUUUUUUUGUGUGUUUUUUUUUUACAAGUACAUUUUAGACCAUGUACUUGGUACUUCUACUUGUUGUGGAGUACAUUUUUAGGCAAGUACUUGUUUGUAAUUGGAAGUUUGAAUCAUUUUAGUGACUCGGUUCUUUAAAUCUCGUUAAUCAAAAUUAGCAAAUCUUUUUGAGUCAUUUAGUUCAUUUCGUUUUUUUUUUAUUAGAAAUAAAAUUAAAUGUUACAUUUUCAAUAAACAGACCCCCAAUAUGUCUAAAUACACAAUUUUUGGCUAUAAUUCCAGUAAUUAAAUUAUAUAUCAAUGCAGCUAAGGACAUAUUAUAUUAAACAGAAUGAGUAGCUCACCUUUCAUAUCUUCUAGUCUGAGUCGUUCAUUCUUUUCAAUCUAUUGCACUGCAUAGCGUCUAUGGGAGUCACGUGACAAAAGAACGAACGAUUCAGACCGAAAAGAUUUUGUGCAUGUGCGCCCAGUAGAAAAUUAAUGAAUCACUCUCCAAGACUACUUGUUCUUCUUAGUCUCGUUAAAAAAGAACGAAUCGUUCAUGAACGACCCAUCACUAGUACUGGUACUUAGGUUAUCUUGUUUGUGUAACUUCCACCAUCUCUGCUGUACAAGCAACAUUCCACUGUGUCUACUGUAUACCCUAAGCGACCGCUAACUUCUAGCAUGAACAACAGCCAACACACUAGCACCAGAAUCACUAAAUCUAAAUCCUAAAUCAGAAAUAUUUCAACAGAAACAGAUUUUUACGUUCCAAUGUGGCAUUUUCUUUUAUUCCCGCUCUGAGCAACGUGCAGCUAAGAUGUUAAUAACAUGUAAUUCUUGAUCACAGUUCCUGAUGUCUUAUCUGCUUGUUCGGCACUCACUAAAUGGCUGCAGUAAAGAGGGAGUGUUCCACACUGUUAAUGAAUACCCAUAGCUGUUCAGUUAGUUAAUAUUAUGGUAACCAUGUGAUACCUUACUACAGUUCUUGGGAUUUGAGAAUUUUAUGCAGCUUUUUUUAAACCUUGAAUGACAGACUAAAUGCAUGUGAAAUGUAACCAUUCCUGCUUUUUUUGUGUGUUAGUUGCUUUUUAACGUUGAUGUUCUCCCCAGGGGCACUGCGGAACAUCUAUUCCCAGCGAUAAUGUUUUAAGCUUCAGUCAUGUGUAGCUGGUGAUAUUUUUAACACCCUGAAUCGGCACAUUGUAAAGCAGAUAAACGAACAACUGUACUAGGGAUAAGUGUGAACUGGGGGACUGGCGAAUGUGAUCAGGAUGUGAGUGGAUGUGCUCAUGGAGAGUACGCUAGUGUCGAGGCCAGACAAACUGAAUGUUGAUGCUCUACGUUCAAGCCAUAAAACUGAAUAGCACUUCAAUGCUUUCAUGACCAAUUUCUUUUUUUUCU